UAUUUAUAUUUACAGUCAGUUCGCUCGAAGAGGAGACAGUGCACGUCGUACAAGUCAUGAGUGUGGAUAGUGCGCGUGACGUGGUGGUUGUUGCGAAUAAAAACGUUCAACAAAACCGGUCGUCGAAAUGACAGGGCCGAUCGUGUUAUGAGUUUGCGCCAUAGAUCUAGUUUUGCAGGAAUCUUCGAAGAUCGCGAUCGACGGAAGAGUCGUAUAUCGUCUCAGUGUCCAUGUAAAAUAAUUCUUUUGAACACCUCCUCCCCUCCUUCGUGUAUAUAGUUGGUUAGUGUUGUUUGGUAAUGUGCUUGUUCGUACAUUUCUUUACCGUGUCAUCAUCGUGUGUAUUUUACAGAGUCUAUUAUUCUUUUUUUUUUUGGUUAUGUUUUUUCUCUCAUCGUUCUAUCAUACUUACGAUUUACACGCAUUUUAUUAGCACGUAUCGAAUAAUGAGAACUAUAAUGUUGUAAUGUGCAGAUAUAUGUAUGCAUAAAAUGCACAAGUUAAGGUUACCUGUCAAGGUAGAAUUACCCAGUGCUUUAACAAGGAUGGUAUUGGACCCCAAGGUCACAAGUCUACAUAGCGAUUACGGAAGUUUCGAUCGACCAUUGGGAGGUGGGGAGGGUCACGAGAGGGACGUGGAGGCGGCGGUUGAUGGGAGUAGCAGCGGGAUGGCACAAUCGAGUGAUAUUUAUCAAAGGCAACCUCUCUUACCUGGUGCACCAACUAAGAGCAAGGACAAGUGGUCCGGGGUGGCUUCCGGUUCGGAUUAUUACGAAGACGACGAGGAGGAGAAAAUCGAGGGUCUUGGACGUCAUCCAGGAAUAACGAAUGGACCAGGAAGCGGCGUCAUUAAAAUUGACAUACCGGCGCCGCUUCGCGAGGAACCACGAUUUCCCAAAGAAAAAUGGAAAACUUUUCUCGCUUUCCUGUUCAUGGUCGUGAACUUCAUAUUAACCACGGCCUCACUCGCGAUGGUUCACGAACGUGUUCCAGAUCGGAAUACUUAUGGCCCGUUACCAGACAUUGUACUGGAUAAUAUUACUGCCCAAGAUUGGACACUUAAUGUUUCGGAAGUUCUCAUUAUGAUAAUGUCCAACUCGGCAAUGGUUUUCAUUAUUUUUCACAAACAUAGAUUUAUCGUCAUCAGACGGAUAUUCCUUUUGAUGGGUCUGCUGUAUAUGAUGAGGAGUAUUACGAUGUAUGUGACAGUUUUGCCGGUCGCAAGUAAAACAUAUUUCUGUAGUCCAAAGGCAAAUAACACAAGUCCUCUUCUGGUUACGAAAAGAGUACUACAGCUUAUCUCUGGUUUUGGUUUGUCGAUUAAUGGCAAACACACUUAUUGCGGAGAUUACAUUUACAGCGGUCACACGGUUGUACUUGUACUUAGUUACCUGAUUAUUAAAGAGUAUUCCCCUAGAAGAUGUCAACCGAUUCAUUGGUUGGGUGGUCUUACGGUUUUUGUUGGUAUAAUUAUGGUAUUGGUAGCUCAUGGACAUUAUACGGUGGAUGUCCUUAUAGCAUAUUAUUUAACUACACGUUUAUGGUACAUAUACCAUACGUUAGCAAAUAAUCCUUAUUUGAAGCAAAAUGGACCAAAUAAUUUUCUGGCCCGACUCUGGUGGUAUCCUAUAUUCAAAUAUUUUGAGAAAAACGUGGGUGGUACAGUGCCACGACAAUACAAUUGGCCUUUGCCUUGGCCUCGAAGAUUUCUUGCCAAGCAUCCUAAUCGAGACAGUUAAUAUCUGCCCAGGCUCCAAGAUAGAGACUGAUAAAUAACGAAAUCCUUCCUGACUAUAUGCUAUAUGUAUAUGUAUAUACGUAGGUGUGCGCGUGCGCGUGCGUGUAUGCGCGUAUGUGUGUGUAUAUAUACAUACGUACAUAAAUAUAUAUAUAUAUAUAUACACGCAUAGAGUUAUACAUAUACAUAUACAUAUACAUAUACGUUUGUACCUAAGCUUAUUCUUAUGAAAAUAAAGCUUGGGUGAAAGGGAAGUGUCCAUUAUAUGCGAAUUUUUGCGAAUUAUACCCUUUUAUUGUGGAUUUUAAAGG